AUGUGCUUGGGUAGUCGCGUUGGCAGUGUGGGCUCUGAGGUUUGGGCUGUCUGGGGGUGCUGGCAGCCCGGGCGGAUGGCGCAAGAUUGGGCCGGCUUCUCUGAGGAGGAGUUGAGACGACUAAAGCAAGCUAAAGAUAUAUGUGAACCACAAAGGCGUCUUCCUGUGAAAAAAAGUCGACAACAGCUUCUGCGAGAAAAAGCCCUGCAAGAUCAAAGCCAAAAACUUGGACUUAAGGAUGGAUCAUCCUCAUUACCUCCAGAGCAACUGCUUUCUCCACCAAAACAGAGAUUUAAUCAUCAAAACACACAUUCUUCUUCCCCUAUGUGCCCUAGUCCUCUUAUGCCUACCUCUCCUAUUGCUGAUGGACAAUCACAAAGUGUUAAAAAUCAUUCUGAGGAACUGGAACUUAAGAAUUCCCACGAUGGUCACAGAAAUGCUGAGGUGCUACCUCCAAAGCCAGAUUGCAGUUUGGAUAAAAAGAAAGUGGAAUUGCAAGAAAAAUCUCGUUGGGAAGUCCUCCAACAAGAACAGCGACUAAUGGAAGAGAAAAAUAAACGUAAGAAAGCUCUUUUGGCUAAAGCUAUUGCAGAAAGAUCUAAAAGAACUCAGGCAGAGACCAUGAAACUAAAGCGGAUCCAGAAGGAGUUACAGGCUUUAGAUGACAUGGUGUCAGCUGACAUAGGAAUCCUCAGGAACCGCAUUGAUCAAGCCAGCCUGGACUAUUCAAAUGCUCGGAAGCGGUUUGACAGGGCUGAAGCAGAGUACAUUACAGCAAAACUAGAUCUACAGCGCAAGACAGAGAUUAAAGAGCAACUCACUGAGCACCUUUGCACCAUCAUACAGCAGAAUGAACUCCGUAAGGCCAAAAAGCUGGAGGAAUUGAUGCAACAACUGGAUGUACAAGCCGAUGAGGAAACUUUGGAACUUGAAGUUGAGGUGGAAAGGUUGCUUCAUGAACAAGAAGCAGAAACAAGGAAACAACUGAACCAAUCAGAGAGGCCAUGUCAGCCUUCUGAGGAGAGUGUGACAUUUGCUAAAGAGAACAAAAAGCAUCCACCACAAAGUGCUUGCCCAAAGGUAGAUGAACAGUGUGAAAAUUCCAAUAGCAGUCCCUUUCUUAAUCCAAACCACCCAAAUCAAGAAGUUAAAACUAAUGUAAAUGACAUUUCAGCUGUUCUGACCACAUGAAGUGCUGGUGUUUGUUCUUUCCAACUGAUGUAUUAUUCAGUGAAGUGUAUUUUGUUCUGAUAAAUGUGUCUUUAAAAUCAUACUAACUUUUCAGUGAAUGUUAGCAUAUGUGACCAUUCUAAAACCUCAAGUUAUGAUCAUUCUAUGUAUGGGGCCUAGUUCCCCUUGAGUUUGGUCAGUUUCUUUCAUGUACCCUUAUUAAUGGGUAAAAGCAAGUGACUUAAAAAGGUGGAAGAAAAACUAGUUAGCUCAGAGUGUUUUUAGACCAGGUAAAUAUAGAAAAUUGAAAUAGAAACUGAUACCUUGGAGAAGAGUUGAGAACAGAGUCCUGGUUAAUAGAGACAAAAUUAACAUGUGAAAAAAAAACCAUUGGAACAAAAAAAAAGUAGGUAGCAUUAUCUAUUUGGAUCUUACCUUGAGUUGCAAAAAAACAAUUUGGAAAUUGCAACUUAUUUGAAGACAACUUAAGCCAACAUUACUUUGUCUUCAAUUUGCUUCCUAAAUAGCUUUAGUUGACAAACUGAGUUUUAUAUAACCUGAGUUAGUUGAUACACACACAGAUGUGUUUAUAUAAGCAUAUCAUUUAUGUGUGUAAUUUUAUUAUUGAUUAUUGUUUUUUUUUCCUUUAAUCAGUGCAUUGAUUUGAUUUAGGCAAUGAAAAUAUUUCUACAGUAAGACUGAAAAUAAUACAGAAAAUGCUAUUGUAACGUUUGAUUAUCCAAAGAAUUGAUGUAUUUUCUUUCUAAAGUUACCUGUUUUAUAUAAUAGACAUAUUUCCUGUCACAAAGUAUUUAAGUGGUUAAAAUGAUGAUUUUUCUUGUCACUUUAUUAGUUAAUUACUAUCACUACUACUUGA